AUGGAUCCUUUGACCACUACUCCGGCCUUCUUCAGGGAGCUCAAUCCCAUCCAACAGCAAGCUUACGAGUCCCAUGGCGUUCACCCAGCGCUCGACGGCUCGGCUUCACAGUGGCAAGCACCAUAUGGACGAUUUAUGACGGAGCAAAACAACGUCUUGCAUCCACUCAAUCUGCCUCAAGAAUAUCUCAUCCACGCGCCCCAGAAUGCAGGUUCUUUUGGCGAUAUUGGUGAUACCCAAACCAUGCCCGCAACUCCCAUGGGCCCACCCCCCAAGCGUCGAAAGAAAAAGGCCCCGACCCUGCGCGCCAAGGAUUGGGAGCCAUACAAAGCUCGAGUCCUCGAGCUUCAUGUUACGCAGAAGCUAUCACUGGAGAAGAUUAAGAAGAAGAUUGAGGACGAGUUUGGUUUUACUGCUGAGAUACGUCAGUAUCGAACACGCAUAAGCCAAUGGGGGAAGGACAAGAACAUCAAGCCAGUGGAGAUGGCGGCAAUCGUCAGAAAACGACAACAAAGGAAGCUCGCUGAUAGCAACAAAGGGGAGCUAAUCUUCACGGUCAGAGGCAGUACGGUGGAACCACAUAAGAUCGACCGAUGGAUGGACAGACAUGAGGUCUCUCAAGAUCUUUUGUAUGCUCCUAGUCCCGCGGCAUCCACCCCAUCCGCUGUGUCCUGUCGAACUAUUUCCGAACGCGGUUCCCUGGCACCCAAUCCCGCAUACUCAGCACAAAGUCCGAACUUCUCACCGGAUGGCAUUAUGUCAAUCGCCCAGAGUCCUGCGGUUUCUUCUCCUGCCCUCUCCGUAUGGAGCAUAGCUCAGCCUCAGAGUGGUACUUUUGUUGGACAAAGCCCGGCCCCUAUCUAUCGACCUCUUCCAAGCCUCCUUUCGGGCUCUCCCCCUACUCCACGCGCCUUUCAAGACCAACUGGAUACUGCAGCAGAUUCUCUGCAAUAUCGGUAUAAACAAACGGACGAAGAGCGUCUGCGAGAAGAACUGUCUAGGGCGGAGACUAUGUUCGGGACCAACCACCCUAAGGCCCUGGACAUACUGUCUAAAUUAGGCAAUGUGCUGAUGGUCCAAGGAAGAUACAAAUCCGCGGAGGAAAUGGUUCGCAGAUUGGUAGAAGGUCGCCGAAGUGCGAGCGGAAACAAUGGCAUUGAGACGCUUGAUGCCUUGGAACUCCUUGGACAAGUUUUGAGCCGCCAAGGAUUCUAUGCUCAGGCUGAGAAGCUGCACCGACGGACAUUCGAGACUAGGAAGGUCAUGUUAGGGGACGAGCAUCUAGACACGCUGACCAGCAUGGCCAGCCUGGCGUCGACAUACUGGGGUCAAGGGCGAUGGAAAGAGGCGGAAGAGCUACAGGAUAUCCUGCACAUCUGGCCUAGUAGCUAG